AUGCUCAACGCCGCCGCCGCCGCCACCGCUGCCACCGCCACUGCGAUCACCCCCCCCGCCGCCACCAUCGCCAUCCGCCCCCCCGCCGCCGCCGCCGCCAUCCCCGCCGCCGCCAUCGCCAUCCGCCCCCCCGCCGCCGCCGCCGCCAUCCCCGCCGCCGCCAUCGCCAUCCGCCCCCCCGCCGCCGCCGCCGCCAUCCCCGCCGCCGCCACCAUCCCCGCCGCCAGGAGGCCCCGCGGCGAUGAUGGCGACGAUGCAACAGCUGCGUGCCAGGCCAUAUGCAAGAGACGCCCAACCUGCAUGUAUGUCUCCAUCUGGCCAUCAAAGGCCAACAAGGGCAACCAGAAGUGGUGUCGACUCACAGAAAGCUGCGAGACGGUCUGGCCAGACGCAGCAGGCAACGGAGUCGCUGUCUUCAAUUGCUCGACUCCCGCGAAAAGGGCGUUCUUCCGGCCGCCACCGCCAUCGCCACCACCACUCCCAUUGCCACCGCCGCCACCGAAGGCUUGCAGCAAGCGCGAGGAGUCCAAUGGUGACUACUGCGGCGACUCGAACCCAGUCUUUUCCAACUUUGUUGACGGCUACGAUACCAAGACCGACAUCAUGUCGAUGCUGCCUCCCAUGGCCGGCCAGCCGCGAUACCUUGGCACUGCUAUUCAGUUCAACGCUCUCCUCUCGAACCAGACGUACGUGGCAAACUUGCUUGGUGAGUUCAACGCUGCCGCUCCCGGCAACCAGAUGAAGUGGGUGUCAUUGCAGCCGCAGCGGCGAAAGUGGUUCUGGGACGAGGCCGAUGAGUUCGUGAGAUUUUGCCAGCGGCACGGGCUGCGAAUCAAGGGCCACACGCUGAUCUGGCACGACCAAAUGCCGCCGUGGGUGACAGAGAGCUUGUCGGCAGAGGCGCUGCGCUGGGAGAUGCUCAACCACGUCAGGAUCACCGUCGCACGCUAUAAGGGCCGCAUCCCCGCAUGGGACGUUGUCAACGAAGUCAUCGCGGACAAGCGGGGCGACGCUUCCCACCACGGCGACGGCAAGACCUACCGCAACUCGCUUCUGAUGCGUAAACUCGGGCCGGACUUCAUCGAGGCCGCGUUCAGGGCCGCCCACGACGCCGACCCGUCCGCUGACCUCAUCUACAACGACUACAACGUGAUCGACGGUGGCGACAAGGCGGACCGAAUGUACGAGAUGGUCCGUGGGCUGCUUCAGAAGGGCGUGCCGAUCCACGUGGUUGGCUUCCAGACCCACGUCAAGGGCCCCGAGCUCGAGAUUGACGGCGAUGUAGCGGCUUGGAUGAGCAAAGCAGCGGCCAACCUCAGACGCUUCGCUGACCUCGGCCUCAAGAUUACGCUGUCAGAGAUCGACAUGCGCAUUAGCGGGUGGCCGGCCAGCGAGCGCAGGUGGCGACAGCGCAACGCUUAUCGCGCGCUGCUGGCAAUGGCGCUUGUGCAGCCAAAGAUGGAGGGACUCACGUUUUGGGGCUUCACCGACCAGCACUCGUGGAUCCACUACGAGUUUGGCGCCGACGAGCCUCUCCUCCUAGACGAAGAGUACCGCCUCAAGCCCGCGUACCAUGGCGCGCUGCGCAUCUUGGGACACCUCCCCGGCGGGCGGACGCUGUCCGGCUGCGCCGAGGCCGCGCUCGCGGCGGGGUGGAGCAGCUUCGGAAUGGAGUACCCCGGCGGCUUCAACGCGCCAGGAAAGGCGCAGUGCCUGCCGCUGGCGGCGCCUCCCGCGCACCUCGACUCUGCGCACGACGCCGAAUGCGAGGACGAGGUGGCUGGGUGGAGACCUCUGGGAGGGCCGUACCGCAUGGCGCUGUAUGCAGUCGAGUAA